AUGGCGUCCGCUACUGGCUCUGGAUGGACGCAGCUCCGCCAACAAGCCCGGUCGCUCGAGACCCAGACCGAGAACCUCUUCCAUACAUACUCCCAAUUUGCUUCGGUCACCAAGCCCCCACAGACACCCACCGAGGAAGAGCUACGGCUCGAAUCGCAAUUGAAAGACCUCCUCGAAAGACGCGAAUCUCUCAUUGCCCAACUGUCCCGUCUUCUUGACUCCGAAGCCACCCUUACAUCCUCCGCUCUCAAGCAGAACAACGUCGCCCGACACCGCGAAGUACUCCAAGACCAUCGCCGUGAACUUAACCGUCUCACGUCCGCCAUCGCAGAGUCGCGCGACCGCGCAAACCUUCUAUCGAACGUCCGCUCCGAUAUUGAUUCCUACCGCGCAUCCAACCCCGCCGCCGCCGAGGCCGACUACAUGCUCGAAGAGCGGGGCCGAGUCGAUAACAGCCAUAACAUGAUUGACGGAGUGCUGAGUCAGGCAUACGCCAUUAAUGAGAACUUCGGAAUCCAAAGUGAGACUAUCGCGAACAUCAAUCGGCGGAUUGUUGGCGCUGCCGGAAACGUCCCUGGUAUGAACUAUCUGAUCGGCAAGAUUGGCAACAAGAAGAGGAGAGAUGCGAUGAUUCUUGGAUGCUUUAUUGGCUUCUGCUUCUUGAUGUUACUGUUCUUCCGGUAA